AUGAAGACCCAAUCUAUCCUUCUCGCGGCCCUGGCCUCGGCCCCCGCUGCCCUUGCCCACACUGUCUUUACUGACUUCUACGUUGAUGGCGUGCCUCAGGGUGAUGGUGUUGCUAUUCGCAUGAACCCUUCAGGAGAGCACACUAGCUCCCCUAUUGGCAGCCUUGAUAGCACUGACAUGGCUUGCAAUGUUCAGGGUACCAAAGGAGUCUCGCGCACCCAGACUGUCCAGGACGGUUCCGUUCUUACUUUUGAGAUUCGCGAGUGGCCCGAUGACCCAUCCAAGGAGCGCCUUGAUCCCGGCCACAAGGGUCCUUGCGCUGUCUACCUGAAGAAGGUCGAGGACGCUACCACUGACACUGCUGCUGGUGAUGGCUGGUUCAAGAUCUUUGACCACGGCUAUGACGCUGACUCUAAGCAAUGGUGCACUGACAAGAUCAUUGCUAACAAUGGUCUUCUUUCUGUCACACUUCCCGAGAACCUUCUGCAAGGCGACUACCUCGCUCGUCCCGAGAUUCUUGCUCUCCAUGCCGCCAAAGACGGUGACCCACAGUUCUACACUGGCUGUGCCCAAAUCUUCCUCAAGAGCUCCGGAAACCUCGUUCCCGAGUCCACUGUGUCUAUCCCCGGAUACGUCAAGUACAACGAGCCCUCGACCGACUUUGACAUCUACAACACUCCUGCUACCGAGUACGUUGUGCCCGGCCCCAAGGUCGCCAAGCUCACUGCUGGCGCGAGCAAGUCUUCCGCCACUGUCCAAACCAAGGGCCUCAAGCCCCAGGGCUGCGUCAUGGAGAACGCAAACUGGUGUGCCAAGGAGGUCCAAUCCUACACCGACGAGAAGGGAUGCUGGGCUGCCGCUGAGGACUGCUGGGCUCAGAGCGAUGUAUGCUACGACUCCGCACCCCCAACUGGUGGCAAGAACUGCAAGCUCUGGCAGGACAAGUGUACCGACAUUGGUGCGCAGUGCAAGGCUGGCAACUGGGUCGGUCCUCCUAACAAGGGCAAGGACCUUACACCUGCCAAGAAGUCCAUCGAUGUAGGCCUCAUCAUGCCCAACCAGGUCCAGCCUGGUGCCCCAUCCAAGAACACGCCAGCGCCUUCAUCCGAAAAGGAGCAGGAGGAGCCAGAGUCCACGCCUGCGCCCAAGCCUGAGACUGAGACCAAGCCUGAAGACUCGGAGUACCAGCCUGCGCCUGCACCUGCUAAGCCCGUUGUCGAGGCACCAAAGCCAACUCCCACCCCUGAUGCGCCUGCAGCUCCAUCCAACGAUGAGUACGACAGCCCUCCUUUCAUGGAGCCCACCAACUACCCUGCUGCUCCCCCUCCAGCCCCCUCCAAGCAGCCCACUACCCUCAGCAAAGCCCCCAUCUCCACCAUCACCGUUGCCCCUUCAUCGGCCGGUGGCCCCAAACCCACUCAGCCCCCUUGCCCCAAGGGAUACAGGUGCGUCUACGUGACUGACCUCGUCGUCGUCACUACCACCGUCUACGUGACUGAGGGUGCUGCCCCCACUGCUACCCCUGCCCCUAGCUCGGGGAGCUACAUGAAGCGUGCUCAUCUUCACCCGAGGAGGCGUCUGCACAUGGCUUAA